CCGGGAGCGAGGCUGGGGGGCGGGGCCGAGCCCGGCCGCAGCCAUUUUGGUGGAAGAGAAACAAUAGGACGGAAGCGUCGCGGGACUGGGCUGUGGCCGCAGUGUGUCCUGGCCUGCACAGACCGAGGAGCAGAGAUCAAACAGGCGGCUGUAAGGACAGACAGUAAACGGAGGACGAGCUGGCCUCUGGAUCCCGCUGCCUCCCCUUUCUCCCUGCUGCCUGUGUCCGGAGGAUGAGCCCAGCCUUCAGGACCAUGGACGUAGAGCCCCGUACCAAGGGCAUCCUGCUGGAGCCCUUUGUCCACCAGGUUGGGGGGCACUCAUGCGUUCUCCGGUUCAAUGAGACAACCCUGUGCAAGCCCCUGGUUCCGAGGGAGCAUCAGUUCUACGAGACCCUCCCAGCUGAGAUGCGCAGAUUCACUCCCCAGUACAAAGGUGUGGUAUCAGUACGCUUUGAAGAAGAUGAAGACAGGAACUUGUGUUUAAUAGCAUAUCCAUUAAAGGGGGACCAUGGACCUGUGGAUAUUGUAGACAAUUCAGACUGUGAACCAAAAAGUAAGCUGCUAAGAUGGACAAACAAAAAACAUCAUGUCCUAGAGACAGAAAAGAGUCCCAAGGACUGGGUGCGCCAGCACCGAAAAGAGGAGAAGAUGAAGAGCCAUAAGUUAGAAGAAGAAUUUGAGUGGCUAAAGAAGUCUGAAGUCUUAUACUACAGUGUAGAAAAAAAGGGAACUGUAAGCUCCCAGCUCAAACACUACAACCCUUGGAGCAUGAAGUGUCAUCAGCAGCAGCUACAGAGGAUGAAGGAGAACGCGAAGCACCGGAACCAGUACAAAUUCAUCUUGCUGGAGAACCUGACUUGCCGCUAUGAGGUGCCUUGUGUCCUGGACCUCAAGAUGGGCACACGCCAGCAUGGUGACGAUGCUUCGGAGGAAAAAGCAGCUAACCAGAUCCGAAAAUGUCAGCAGAGCACAUCUGCAGUCAUUGGUGUUCGAGUGUGUGGCAUGCAGGUGUACCAGGCAGGCACUGGGCAGCUCAUGUUCAUGAACAAGUACCAUGGACGGAAGCUUUCAGUGCAGGGCUUCAAGGAGGCGCUUUUCCAGUUCUUUCACAAUGGGCGAUACCUGCGCCGUGAGCUCCUGGGCCCUGUGCUCAAGAAGCUAACUGAGCUUAAGGCCGUGUUGGAGCGACAGGAAUCCUACCGCUUCUAUUCAAGUUCCCUACUGGUCAUUUAUGAUGGCAAGGAAUGGCCAGAGGUGACCCUGGACUCAGAUGCUGAGGACUUGGAGGACCUCUCAGAAGAGUCGGCUGAUGAGUCUGCUGGUGCCUAUGCCUACAAGCCUCUCGGUGCCAGCUCAGUGGACGUGCGCAUGAUCGACUUUGCACACACCACCUGCAGGCUCUAUGGCGAGGACAGUGUGGUGCAUGAGGGCCAGGAUGCUGGCUAUAUCUUUGGGCUGCAGAGCCUGAUAGACAUUGUCACAGAGAUAAGUGAGGAGAGUGGGGAGUGAGCUUGCUGGCUAGUCCAGUACCUGAGAGACGCUUUGUGUCCCCCUACAGCUGUGCUGUCGGGAGGCAGGCCAGUAUGGCUAGGUGUUGGCCUCUGCAGCCUGGAGCUGAUAGACAGUGGCCCCUGUGACCUCCCCCCCCCCAGCCUGAGCCAGCCCCAGAUGGCUCAGAGCCUUUUAUUUAUUUUAACUAUUUCUUCAACAUUCCACAUUUGAUGAUGCAGAUACCUCUUUCUUCCCUGAGUGUAAAUGUUCUAAUACAGAUCUUUUUGUUUAUUGUA